UAUUUCUCGGUUAUCCGAUAACAAGCCGGUUGGAAGGAUAGCUUAUUCUGCAACAAUAAUUUUUUUUUGUGUACAAACGAUUUGAAAUUUAAUUAUUUAUAUCCAGUUGGCCAGCUCGUUUAUAAAGUCAUAGAAGGUGACAUGGUCAAGAGGAAAUUGAAAGCGUUGAAUUAUCAUUCAGCCGAUGAUUUCGACAUAAACGAUUUCAACCAUUUCAAGAACCUCAUCCUGUGGCUGGAGGAUCAGUUCAUCAGGCUGUACAAGAUCGAGGACAGAGACGGCCUUCGUGAUGUCAAAUCAAACCAAUGGAUGGAGCAUUACAAGAAAUACUGCAAAGACCUUGAGUCACCCAUACCUUACGACAACAAGCCGGAAAGUCUGGAAUGGAUCGUCGGACUGGCAGUUCGUCAGGAGUACUCAGACGGCAAAGAAAAAUACGAGAAACAAACAUCUGCGUUGCUAGCUGCUAGUAAGAGUGAUGCCCCUGUUGUGACCUCUAGCAACCCUUUGGACAACCUUGACUUUCAUAGUGAAGAAUUCAAGACUGGAGUUAAUAGCCUUGCCAAAAUUUUGAAAGUGACACCUAGCCCGGAUCAUCUUGUUACGUUAGAGGCGAUUUGUUCUCUAGUGGCUAACAGCAUCAACAGUACGGAUAAUCCUGAAAGUAAACAGGGAAAACCUUUUCCAAUCAUGGAAACUGAUCUUGGCUUCGACAUGGGCGACUAUGUUUUGAACCAGGCCGCAAAAGUCCUGCGACUCUUGUACAUACAUGAUCUGAGGGAUUUACAGACAAAGAUCAAUGAGACGAUUGUUGCCGUUCAGAACAUAACGGCUAAUCCUAAAACUAACACAAAACUUGGAAAAGUUGGAUUCUAAAUUGGUGUUAAUUAAUGAAAACUGCUUUUGUAUAUGUUUCAAUAAAUAUUAAUUGUACAAUUAUUUUCAACGCA